ACAGAAAAUUGCCAAAUGUCAAAAACCAGGUAGAAAAAGAGAGUCAAAUAAACCCUACGCUUUCCAUAUUUUCUUUUUUAAUUGGCUUUGCAACUUCAACAACCCUCGCGUCGGCUUCCCCUCCCCCCGAUUUAAAACUUGUCUCGUUUAUGUUUCUUUCACGCAAAGAGGCCAAAACGAAAGAUAAAAAAGAAGAGAUUUUCUCAUUUUCUGUUUAAAAAAAAAAUCCCUUCGAUUAUUUUCGGUCUGAGGUUUAGGUGGAAAUCGACGUGUAGUAAUUUCAUAACAGUUCUAUUGCUCUUCUCCGGACCAUCCUCGGUUUCAUCGUCACAGCCUUAAGACAGGAAUUUUGAGGAAAAUGGCUACGGUUGUGUCUCAUCAAUUGAUCGGCUCUAUUGCUUCUCAUUCACCUUCCAAUUCCAAACAUUCUCUCUUUCCAACGGACUCUUUCAAUGUCCCUAUCAAAUUCAGACAGAACCGUUUCAAACUGGAAGCAACCGCAUCUCAAACUCCUGUCCUCGACCCUCUCUUGUCUCCUUCAAAAACCACCACCCUUUCCAAGAAAAAAUCAAAUGAAGCAUCACUGAUACUGAUUAGGCAUGGAGAGUCGUUAUGGAACGAGAAGAACCUCUUCACAGGCUGCGUCGAUGUUCCUUUAACCGAGAAAGGUGUGGCCGAAGCUAUCCAAGCGGGGAAGAGGAUCAGCACCAUACCCGUUGAUCUGAUCUUCACUUCCUCUCUGAUCCGCGCUCAGAUGACCGCUAUGCUCGCCAUGACUCAGCACCGCUGCAAGAAGGUUCCUAUCAUCUUGCACGACGAGAGCGAGAAGGCUCAGACUUGGAGUCAUGUUUUCAGCGAAGAGACUAGGAAGCAAUCCAUCCCUGUUGUAGCUGCUUGGCAACUGAAUGAGAGAAUGUAUGGAGAGCUGCAGGGUUUAAACAAGGAAGAAACAGCUGAGAGAUACGGAACACAGCAAGUUCAUGAGUGGCGUAGGAGUUACCACAUCCCUCCUCCUAAAGGAGAGAGCUUGGAGAUGUGUGCUGAGAGAGCUGUGGCUUAUUUUGAAGACAAUAUUCAACCAGAGCUUGCAUUAGGGAACAAUGUGUUGAUUGCUGCUCAUGGGAACUCGUUGCGGUCUAUCAUUAUGUAUCUUGAUAAAUUAACUUCUCAGGAGGUUACGAGUUUAGAGCUGUCUACUGGUUUACCGUUGCUCUACAUCUUCAAAGACAGGAAGUUCAUGAGACGUGGAAGCCCUGUUGGUCCUACAGAAGCUGGUGUCUAUGCUUAUACUAAGAGAUUGGCUCAAUACAGACAGAAGCUUGAUGAGACCCUUAACUAAAAUAUGUCCCCUUUUGUUUUUUUGUUGUUUUUUCACUUUAGCAAGAACAGUUUUUAAGAUAUGUAUUAGAUCACACAAAUCACUCAUUAUUUUCAAUCCACCCAAAAGCCAAUCCAGAAGGAAGUUUUCUUA